CCGCUUGCUACACACUCAACUUACACGCCUGCAAGUGCAAGGGCCCCCUAUCGACCUGCUUUGGCGAAGGAAAGACAUCCCAACCACCCAUACACACCACAUCGAGGAAAGCCAUCAAGCGAACUUCGAACAAAAGAGUCCCUAGACUAGCAUCUAGCUGCUGUGCUUGCUCCAAACGCCAAGGUCGCCCUCAGCCAUGACUUCGUUCCAGAAUCAAGUCCUCGAUCCUUCUUUCGAUCUUUCCUCCGUCGUUCAAAAUCCCCGGACUGCCCCGACUGCCCGUCCCGACUCUGCAAUCCACACCUUCUCGCCUUUCACCUCACCGUCGUCGUCACCGCCGUCGUCUCGUCCGCAGUCAUCAUACAUCUCCCUUUGGCAGCCUCCCAUUCGACGGGUCUCCCUCCCUCCUGGUGCCAGUUCCCUGCCUCUCGGUGCUCGGAUAUCAGACCAAUUUCCCAAGCCACCGUCCCGUAAGGAGAAGCAGCCUGCUCCAGCAGCUCUUGACCUUUCGGCAAAACUCCCUGAAGGAUACCCGGUCCUAGAUUCUCCCACCCUUCCAUCGCCCGAAGCUUUCGUCGAAAGGGAGGAAUAUUCCAAUAGACUGCAUCGGCUGGAUCACGAUCCCAGCCAUCUCUGGACAGUCCGAACCCCUCAACACGGUAAUAUACGACAGCAACUCUCCUCUCUGCGCGCGUAUCCCAGAAGCCCUGUCCCCCCAAACCAUGCGAGGUUCAUCAGCGAGUCCAGUCUGAAUAUAUACCCACGAAGAAUCGAUCAUUUGGUCACCAUACAUACACGAAGCGCAUCCGCGUCCGCAUACAACUCAAUGGCACCCAUACAACCCAACAUAUCUCUCCCCGAGGAAGGCUUUGCUUUCGUCGAAGAUUCAACCAAGCCAAAGUCCCCGAACAACAGAUUCACGUCUCUUUUCCGUUGGGGCAGCACCUCGGAGCAGGGCGCUGGGUCGGUGGAUCCAAUGCCUGCACUAUCACCCACCUCGACGUCUCAUCGUGGAUCGUUGCUUACAGCUAGUAAAGCUCCCCCUCCGGCCAUAGACACUUCGCGGGCAAAUGCUUCUCAACUCAACACGUACUCGGACACGGAAAGUCUAUAUCCGCCAGGAACACCAGGAUAUGGGUCAUUCGAUGCCAUCGAAGAUGAAGUCAGGGCAGUUUCGGCGGAUCUGGCAGCGUCAAUUCGGCGAGAGAUGGACUUGGAAGAUCUCGUCGAGCGCCUGCAAUCCGAGGCAGCAAACAAUGGCAGGCGAACUAGUGAUUAUUAUUCCGACGCAGGCACGCCAGCACGGUAUGUGGAUAGCGAAGGCAAGGAUAUGGAUGCGGAAAGGAUGGUGAGGAAGGUCGAGCAAGAGAAAGCACAAUUGAGGUUGGAUAUGCUCGAGAAAGUUCAAGAGGAGAGGGAGAAAAGGAGGACGGUUGAGGCACAAGUAAAGGAAUUGGAGGAUCUGGUUUCCAAGACUUCCACUGGUUCUCAUCUCGCUCCUCCGGAUGUUCCAGCGCGAAUCAAAGACCUCGAAAUGUCACUUGAAGAAGCCAAACGCAAACUCGUCGAGGAACGCCAACUGAAGGAGAAUUUCGAGGAUCUUCUCACAGCUCUGAAAGAGGAACUCGAGGCCAAUCGGAAUGACCGCGACAACCUCCGAGACGAAGUUGUUCCUCAGCUGAGAGCGCGUGUGGAAGGACUCGAGGCGGAGACAUUAGACUUGCAGAAGCUCAUGUAUGAGCACACAUUCAUGCAACAGGAGCUGGCGAGCUUAAAAACCGAAAACGUUUCUCUUGCCCAGGUAAUCCAGGAGAAAACACAAGCUCAGCUUGAAUCUCAAGCGAAUUUCAAACAUCAGAUCGAAGCCCAGGUUGAGUACCAAGUACAGCAGGCACGAGCGCACAGCCAAGUACAACCUCCCGCCAUCCAAGCCCAAGUCGUUCAAGCCCAAUUGGUUCAGAUCCAAACCAAUUCGCAUGUCCGCCACUCGAUGUCUGGAGCGCCAUCAGGAUAUGCUACGCCAGGUACUCCGACAUCUGCGCAACCGCCGACGCUUCCUCUGAAUCCCAAAGACCGUGAAUCACUGGCGGAACGUCUGAAAGACGUCGAGAAUCAACGGGACGCUCUCCGCAAGGGACUCCUGAGAUUAAGGGAUCGCCAGCAAUUGGAGGCCAAGAAGUCGAAGGAGCGAAUAAAGACGUUAGAAAUGGAGCGGGACAGAGCGUUGGAUCCGAACAUCAAACGACAAGGACGCGAUAAGGAGGUCUCAGCUCUUCGCCGGGAGAUUGAUCGCCUGAGACAGAGGGCGGAUGAAGCUCUCGAACAGAAGUUUGUUUGCGAGAGGAGUCUGGGUACAUUGAUGAUGGAUCUCGAAAAGGCCGAGCAGGAGACCAGCACGUUGCGAGUUCUGUUACAGGAGCACGACGAUCUUGCAGCAGAGCAUGGGGAACUGCAGGAUUCACACGAGCGUCUGUCGCGAGAAGUUUCGGAGCUCAAACAGGCGGGCGCGACGCCCGCAUCUCCAUCCCUAAAACAGGCAUAUCACAAUCUCCAAAACCUCCACGAGCGAUUAUUGGCCCGGUUAGGGGAACUCGAGACCAGAGACACUGACCCCGCCUUUGUUACCGAGCGUGAGCAAACCCUUGAGGGAGCGAACGAAGCCUCGCAACGCGCCAUUCAGGAACUGCGCAAGAGUCUCACAUCGGCAGAGGUCGAGCGAGACACUGCUCAAGUCGAGGCGGAGGCGUACCGCAAGCGUGCGGAAUCACUGCAGAAGUCUGAGAAGAUGCAUAUGCAGGAGGAGCGGAAUCUAGCAGCGCAGCUGCGUAUUUCGUCGGAGCGGGUGGAGGAGUUGGCCGCGCAAGUGCGAGCUCAACUCGCCUCCAACGAAACCCUCCGAGAGCGACUCGCCGACUGCAUCACUCGCGGUGAGGAAGAGCAGAGCGCUUCGGCAAAGAAGAUCAACAGUCUCCAAGGCAAGCUGAGAAGCUUGGAGGAUAAAGUCGCCGAGGCGCAGCAACAGGCAGAAGAAGCCGUCUCCCAGCACGAGGAUGAAAUCCGCCGCAUAAAGGAGACGCACACCUCGCAGCUGCGUCGGCUGAAGUCAUCUGCCCUUGCAUCUCCCGGCCUCAAGCCGCAGUUGUCGCCGCUUCUGAGAAGCCCGAAGCUAGAGUGGACUUCGGUUCGACGACUGUCCUCCUCGGACUCCAAUAAGACGGAGCUCUUGGAGAAGAGAGUAGGGGAACUCGAGAAGGCACUAGAAGAUGCCGAUGAUGAGAUGAGCGAGGUGGUGGCCAGGAUGGCCGCUGCGCAGAUCGAAGUGAUGAACCUCCAGACCGAAAGGGAUGAGGCAGUACGCCAGGCGAAACGUCUCGGAAACGAGUACUUGAUAAUGCAAGCCAAGUACGCCGAUAUGCCGUGAUCCGAACCGGCUAACCCUCCCCCGGAAAGCAAAGCAAUGAUAUGCUACCUACGCCCACCAAUGACUUGACUUGACUCCUCGAUUUUGUGUUUAUAUAAGUGUUUAGAGGGUACGAUGUAAAG